UUUGAAGGACACCUCCUCAAAGUCCUGUUUGACCGACUGGGACGCGUCCUGGAGCAGCCGUACGAGUUGAACCUGCAGUUGACGGCCGUCCUGUCCCGCCUGGCGUCCUUCAACCACCCGCUGCUGCACGAGUACCUGCUGAACCCCUACGUCCACCUGUCCCCCUGCUCCAGGUCCCUCUUCUCUGUCCUCAUCAGGUUGAUGGGAGAGUUGAUGCAGAGGAUCCAGCAGGUGUCCAACCUGACAGACAGACUGGUGGACACCAGGAGACACCUGCUGGGACUCAACCAAAGCACUGGACUGGAGCACCUGACCCUGCUGAGAGGACUCAUCGUCCUUGAGGAGUUCUGCAAGGAGCUCGCCGCCAUCGCCUUCGUCAAACUGCCCCUGGACCAGCAGUGACCCUCCUGGACCAGCAGUGACCUACCUGGACCAGCAGUGACCUACCUGGACCAGCAGUGACCCUCCUGGACCAGCAGUGACGCUCCUGGACCAGCAGUGACCUACCUGGACCAGCAGCCUGAGGACAGGUGCACCUGUAUGAGGUGGGACAGGUAACUCUGGUGCACCUGGACUCACAUCUCAACUUUUUGCCAUUUGAGAACCUGAUUGAAGACGCCUUUGUCUCCGCCUUAACCAACCGCCUCACCUGAUCCUAUAAGCUGACCUCACAGUGACCUCGCAGUGACCUCGCAGUGACGUCACAAUGACAUCACAGUUUUAUUUAUUUGUUAGUUUUAGUAUUUAUUUUGAGUGAAAGAAAAGAAAUCAGAAUCAUCUCUGCACCAUUCAUCAAAAAAGCAACUUUUUAAAUAUUCAUUUCCUAAACCAAAAUGGCUUUUUUCCCCUGAAUUUCCAAUUUUGAGCUCAAAUAAAAAAAUAAAUCUGUAAAAUAAAACGGUGACAUCGCAGUGACAUCGCAGUGACAUCACAGUGACAUCACAGUGACAUCACAGUGACCUCAACGGAUAACGGACAGAAAACUGAAUUCUUUAUUGAUUUGAGAAACAAAAAAUUCAUUUUUAGAAAAUUUACUUUAAUUUUCCAGUUUUCUUUUUUCAUUUU